AUGGCAGUGACCUCACGGACUUGGAUGAGCUGGAGGAGGUGUAGGUGGAUGAGUCUCCGCUCCGGGACGCCUGCCCCACAAGGUGAUCCUGCUACUCGCAAGGCUCGGGCAUGGAAAGGAGCCACUCCCCAGCACAGACUCAAUACUAUCGCCGCAAAAAGGGUCAGAGAGGCCCAAACAUUUGCCCAUUUCUCUUUGCAAGAGGCUGUAGACAACCCGAAGACGGUUGCUGAGGCGAAAAAGGAAGAACUACCCAUAACCCAUACGUUUGACGGGGAGGACGGACCUCGUCGCGCGGUGAGCGGAGAUGGUUACGACCUCGUCUUUCAUUUUCCAGGUGCUGUCAAACCCACCACCCUGGAGAACGUUACCAACGCAGCUACGCAGUUGUCUAAGGUUGCACCCCCCACCAAGAAGGUGAGCGGGCGAGAAGACCAUGACUUCUGCCCCAAGGGUGGCAUCGUUGGCAUGACCCACAUAUGCCAGUAUUGGCACGCCACAGGCCAUAAGCACCGACCGGGAGGGCCAGGCCUCCACAUGCGCCGGACGGUGAAUAGCUAUCGCGGCACAUUCCAGUUUUGGAGAGACACGACUGCUUUGGCAUCUUUGUGUACAGCGCUCCUCGAGACGGUAGAUCCUGUCCAGCACAAUCUACUCAAACGUCUGAAGGAGGUUCGCCUGGGGUGCGACGACACCCCUGAGCAGAAGGCUUUUGAGAGUCCAACCCGUAACCUAUUUUGGGAGAACCUCGAAGUCAUCUUCAAUCGCAAGUCGGCUGCUCACUUCGACCUCAGCGACCCGCACUUCGCCUGGGCGUGCAUUGUUUACUUUGGCACGUUCGAACAGGCCUACCUGACAUUCCCCCAACUAGGCCUACGUGUUCGUAUUCGCCCUGGCGAUGUCGUUUUCUUUCGUGGGAGGGAUCUACUUCACCUGGUGGAGGACUGGGGGAAGGGGGAUAGAUAUCUCAUUGUCUACUUCACCCAUGAAGCCGCUUGGGCUGAUUUUGGGAUGGGGGGCCAAUGUGCGUCUGGUAAAGCCCAGUUCAGGGAGACCGCCACCCCUAACACGUCGUCUGGCCAAUGA